AUGGCGAAGACUAAACUCAUUCCCGUCUCAGAACUCACCAAGUAUCCCUGCGACACGCAGGAAGAAGAAGAUCCUUCUUUCGGUCCCGCCCCAAUCUCCAACUCAGACAGGACAACCAACGACAAAAACUCAGACGAGCCCGACUCCAUCGUCGUCGGCUUCAGAACCAUCGUUCCUCGCUGGGACAUUCACAUCACUGACGGCAGAGUCCUCCAGUACUUCGUACAGGAAGACACCUUUACAUCCCCGCAACAAGCGCAAACCGCAGCCCAAACCUUCCAGGACGCAGCCGAUACAUGGAACGAGCUCGAACUCGGCGUCUCCAUCUCCGAGACCAAAGACCAGGACACUGCAAACUUCUACCUCGUGUACAAGCCCAACCCCACCGUGGGACCGGGUCUCAACAUCCUCGCCCGCGCCUUCUUCCCCCACGAAGUUGACCAGGACGUCGUCGUCUUCUCACGCGCCUUUGACACAUCCGCCAUCCCUAUCCUCAAGAACAUUUUCCAGCACGAGAUCGGGCAUAUACUCGGUUUGCGCCACGAAUUCGCCAUUACGGGGGAUGAUGACAAGGAUCUCCAGCCAGAGGGCGACGGCGCGAUUCAGUUCCUGACGAACAACUACAACUCGAUUAUGAGUUACAAUUUCCCGCCCAAGCUUCAGGAUACCGAUCGUGAGCAGAUUGCUCAGUUCUACAAGCUGAGCAACGGGUAUAUGAUGGGUGAGAGUCCAGUUACAGACUUUCAGCCUCAGAUUCGACGGAAGAACAGGUAG